AUGGCUCGGAAAUCCACCGACGACGAGGAUGUGCGCUCCUUCGACCACUCCGACCCCGAGCUGCCGCCGCUGCCCUCCGACGACGACGACAGCUUCCUGCGCCCGCCCAGCGACAGCGCCGACAAUAGCCACCUGAGCAGCGAUGGAGGAAGCGCCAUAAUAGAGCGCGAAAUGAAGCGCCAGCUUCUGGACAUUGAAUCGAGCUUCCUACCGGACCGGGACGCCGAUAAUUCGGAGGCUGCGCCUGCCUCAACAGGAGCGGAUGAUACAUACGUGUAUGGAGCUUCGUCUCUACACCCGCCGCCGCGGAAUGGCGCAAGAGGCGGCCGGCAUUCGAGAGAGUCCAGCAGCCACAGAUCGGUGCAUGCGGAGGAUGUCGCAUUGCCCGAAUCGCCCCUACCACCCGACGAAGCCUCCGACCAAGGGCUCUUCGACGAGGGAGAUCGGUUCGAGGAAGGCAGCAGCUCGUUUGAUGAGCACGCGCCCUCAUCUCCAACCGCUGCCGCUGCGGAACGCUCCCAAUCAAGAACAGAAGAACAGACCAGCAAACAGACCGAGCCGACAAUCGAAGUUACCCAUGCCGAAAACCAGGGGCAGCGAUAUGAAGAGGACGCUCAGUCGCAAAGGUCAUUCCGGCCGACCUCGAGUGCCUCUACAGUUAAAGCCGAAAGACUGGAAAACGAAGGGCACGGCGACGACGAACGGAGCUCGAGAUUUCGCGACACGUUUUCGUCCUUGAACACAGGAGGACGCAAUCCCUCGAAUGCCUCCAGUGUUCGCAAGAGGCCUAGCUUCUUGCGCGAUCGCAGCAGGGGGCCCAGCCAGCGCUCUACAACAUCCUCCUUUACAGGCAGAUCAGAAAGUUCGUUCGGCGACAAUAGGGACAGCUCCGAUUUUGCUCUCCAGACCGGGGGUGCCUUGCCAGGCACAGGCAUGCGAAGUUCAGACCGCGACCUAUCUCGACUACCAAGCUUCGGGAGCAUUGCCUCUUCAAUUUCUGGAAACAGCGAGCGCAGGCCAUCUUUCGAUCGCGCAAGAAGCACACUUAGCGCUGCUUCUCAGGCAGACAAUAAUCUGGAACGAUUGGACGAAGAGCCUCGACCCACGUCCGCUUCGCCGCCCGCUACACCAACCGCCCGACCAUUUAGCUCCGGAACAAAUAAUAUGACGGAUACAGUCAUCACCAAGCACGUACAAAACAUUCGUGUCCCGGAUACGGUUGCAAGGGAGUACCGGGAAAAACAUGCAACAAAGUCCCCUGAAAGACCGUCCACGGCGAAUCAAUUUGCUUUCAGUAGUCGAACUAAGCAUAAUCUUACGCUUAAGGAGCAGAAUAGCAAGAUAGACAAGCUGAGUAAGGAGAACUUCGACCUCAAGUUGAAGAUUCACUUCCUUGACCAGGCGCUACAAAACCGGUCCGAUGAGGGCGUUAAGGACAUGAUUUCAAAGAACGUCCAGCUGCAGACUGACCUAGCAACUGAGAAGAAAGAAAACCAGAGCCUGAGGAGGAAAGUGCGCGAGCUGGAACGGAAGUUGAAGGCACAAGAGGAGGGCAUGGCGGCAGCUAAAGAGAAGACCCCUGGCUCUGACGAUGGAAAGGGUGAGAGUACGCAAGGUCAGGCUGAAAUGGAGGAAGAGAUCACGUACUUGCGUGAAUGCUUGCAGCAGUCCGAAACUGAAAUCGAGCGGCUCAAGGAGGAAGGUUUGGCCAAGGAGGUGGAGAAGAGGCGCAUGGCCGAGUACGUCAAGUCCAUGGGAGACCGCAGGGUUUCUGAGCCCUCUGCUGGUGUCGAAGAAGCCAUGGAGAUGUGGAAGGACUUACUCGAGGCUGAGACUGCACGCCGCGAACAAGCUGACGAGGAUGCGGAACGCCUACGCGACGAGAUUCGUCGUCUGAAGGCUGAGCGCGAACAAUCUACACAGCAACCGACCAGCGCUCGUCAUAGCCACAAUAUGAGUCGGGGGAGCCGAAUUUCAUAUGCCCGAUCACAGUCAGGUUCUGACGGCACUACGGACAAUCGCGCAGGCACAAGUGCCAGCAGCGUUACCCUUGUUGAGCAGCUGAAGCAUGAAAACGCGGAGUUGCGGAGAGAUCUUGGCGCCCAAACCUCUAUGCUCGUCUCUCGAAACCGCGAAAGAGAACGUCUGCAGCAAGAGAUCGAGGAACUCAAGCUGUCUGUUCGCCGCGGUGUCGGAAGUGGUUCAGUGGUCGGAGACAGCAUCUUCGACCGGUCCAUAUCCCGCGCAAACCAUCACAGGCCAUCGUCAAGGAGCAGUGCGAUAACAAGGACCAACGAUAUUGACGAAGCCGAGAGGGAAGAAUAUGAACAAAAGCAAGCGGAGCUCAGGGACCAAAUUGCCGAGCUGAAGAUGACGAACCAGGAGUUGGAGAAGCAGCUGAACAAUACUCUAGACGAGCUGGAAAAUACCGAAGAGAACAUGCGCCAGCUGGACCGCGAAAACACCAACCUGCUUGAGGAUGUCAGGAGCAUCCAAAAUGAGAGGGACGAUAUUCUUCGGUCCUUGGAGCAGAAAGAAGCGGAGUUUGACGCGCUGCGGGAGGAGGCUGAAGACGAGAUUGAUGGGUACGAGCAGGAGCUUCACCAGAAGGAGCAGGACCUGGAGCGCCUAAUCAACGAUCUCGAAAACCGCAACGAGGACUUCGAGGCUCUGCAACAAGAGAUGAAGAACGUCAGCGAAAGCCUAGUAAUGCUGGAAGAUGACAGGAACGCCAGCCAGCGCAGGAUCCAGCAAUUAGAGCAGGAACUCGAGGACGCAAAUCAGGAACUGGAGUCGCUUGAUCAGAAGCUGCACGAAGCUCAGCAGAAGAUUGAACGCUUCGAGGUCCAACAGGAAUCGAACCAAGGUGAAAUCACCUUCUUGCGCGAGGAGCAGGAGGGCGACAAGAUCAGGAUUGGUGAUCUCGAGGCUGCUUUGAACGCAGCACAGAUGAGCAUCCAAGAAGAGAGAGAACGCUACAAGGACCUGGAAGACCGGGUUUUGGAAGAGAGAAACCAGCGCGAAGCGCUCGACAGUCAGGAGAAGGAGCAGGUUCAGAAGGCCUUUGACGAUCUCAACGCGCAGGCUACCAAGGCCCGUGAUGAAGUCCGUCGUCUUCGCAAGGAACUUGCUUCCAAGGAGGCAGAGGCAACGAACUGGAAGCAGAGACUUGAUGAUCUCGAGAACAGCCUUCGUGACGCUCUUGGCAGCUUGGACGGCACCAAGUCCAGCCUGCUUAAGGAUGUCACCAAGCUCCAGAGAGAUCUCGACGAAACCAUGAUGGACCUCGACCAUGCCCGGUCCGAAUUGGCCGAGAAGGAGCGUACCCUGCGUAACAGGGACACGCUUCUUGAAAGUACCAGCUUGGAAAGCCGCAAAUUGGCUGACAUGCUUGACAAGGAACGGCAGCUUCGGAUGCAGGACAAGCGUCAAUUCGAGCAGUCCCAGAGAACGCACCAGAGCAACACGCGCACCAUCCAGUCGUACGAGACGCGCAUACUCGAGCUGGAAACAUCCCGCAGCCAAGACCGCCGGCGGAUCAACCAGCUUGAAGCUCAAUACAAGGACCAGCUUCUCGAACGCAACAACCUUCUGCUCGCGCUCUGGAACCGUCUCUCCACGCUUUGCGGCGCUGACUGGGCUCAGCGCAACAGCCUGGUCAACGGAGAGCUCCCAACGCUCGAAGUCAUCGGCCGCAGCCUCCCCGGCUUCAGCAAGAACGUCCUCGCUGCUAUCAAGAUGGUUGAGAACAUUAUUGGCGGCUUCAAGGUGCGUAUCCGCGGCAUCGAGAAGGACCUAUGGAAGGAGUACCAGACGCUGGAGCACAAACUCGAUGUGCGCAUCAAGCAUCUCGAUGGCCUCGAGAAGACGAUCCGCUCGGGUAGCAUGGGCAUGAUCCGCAACGAGACGCUGAACAAUGAGAUCUCCCGGCUGAAGAGCGAGAACAAACACCUCAAGGCGGAGAUCAACCUCUCCCGGCAGCCCACGCGCUCGUCGAACGACUCGGGCGAUGCGCACCACCACUCGCCCGCGCACUCGCGCCUCCCACACCGCAGCGUGUCGGGCCCGCACGGCACCAGCAACGUCAACCGCAACUCGAUCGCGUCGACGCUGCUCAGACAUAACUCCAGCACGGACGUCCUGCAGCACUACUCGUCGUCGUCGCAACAAGAAGCGCCCACGUCUAACCCCGCGCCGCCGGCCGUCCAGCCCACGGAGCAGCGCUGGAUCCACAGGCUCAAGGAGCUGGAGCGCAGGCUGAAGGCCGAGCGCGAGGCGCGGUUGCUGGACCGCAAGGGCGCGCGGCAGCGGCUGCAAGAAGGCAAGGCCGAGAACGAGGAGCUGAGAGGGAUGUUGGAGCGCGAGAAGGAGAGGGAGAGGGAGAGGGAGAACGGCGGCGGCGGCAGCGGGCGGAGUAGCCCCAGUCACGCAGCUUUCCCGACCAUAGGGACGCGGUAA